CACGCGCACUCUGCGGACAGCUGAUAACUCAUCUAUUAUGCUACUUUGCUGUUGAAUAAAAAUUCCUGCAGAGAGACGUCGGAGGCGCCGCUGGAUCACCGGAGGACCGAAACUCAAAGUUGUGCGAUGGGACGUUGUCUCUUCGGGGGAUUCAUCGAGUUGAAGCAUCAACACCUGCUGCACCUGAACUGAACACACACCUGAGCCCCCUCACACACACACACACACACACCUGGGGAGCUGCGUUUUCUCACCUUCAGGACAGACGCUGCCGUCCCACAGUGCAUUGCUGCGUCCCUGUCGUCCACCAUGUCGGACGCCCCUGAGGCUGCGCCCGCUAGCCCCCCUCCCAUCACCAACCCGCCGCCCCCUGAGGUGUCCAACCCCAACAAACCUGGCAGGAAGACCAACCAGCUGCAGUACAUGCAGAACGUGGUGGUGAAGACUCUGUGGAAGCAUCAGUUCGCCUGGCCCUUCUACCAACCUGUGGACGCCAUCAAGCUCUGCCUGUUGGACUACCACAAGGUGAUCAAGAACCCCAUGGACAUGGGAACCAUCAAGAAACGUCUGGAGAACAAUUAUUAUUGGAGUGCCAGUGAGGCCAUGCAGGACUUCAACACCAUGUUCACCAACUGUUACAUCUACAACAAGCCCACAGAUGACAUCGUCCUCAUGGCUCAGGCUUUAGAGAAAAUCUUCCUGCAGAAAGUUGCUCAGAUGCCGCAGGAGGAAGUGGCUCUGCUGCCGCCAGCUCCCAAAGGAAAGAACAAAAGCAAACAGCCGGCCGCCACCACAGUGAGUCAACAGGCAGAGUCCUCAGCCUCGCCUCCGCCCUCCUACCCCUCCCCCUCCCUGUCUCAGACACCUGUCAUCUCAACAACACCUACACCUGUUCAGGCCACGCCCCCAGUCCCUGCCCCCCAGCCUCCGGCAACCAUGAUGCCGUCUGCGCAGCCCGUCGUCAAGAAGAAAGGUGUGAAGAGGAAAGCCGACACCACCACCCCCACCACGUCGGCCAUCUCCGCCAGUCGCGCCGACUCCCCGUCCGCUCAGGACACCAAACCACCCAAACUCGCCUCGUCCCGCCGAGAGGCUGCCGCCCGCCCCGCCAAGACCCGGCGGGACACGGUGGAGGAGCUGGUGGGCGUGGACACAGGGGGCGGGGUAGUGGGAGCGGGCGGCAGGAAGGGCGGUAAGCUGGGCGAGCAGAUGAAACACUGCGACGCCAUCUUGAAGGAGAUGUUGUCAAAGAAAAAUGCCGCCUACGCCUGGCCCUUCUACAAACCGGUGGACGCCGAGGCCCUGGAGCUGCACGACUACCAUGACAUCAUCAAACACCCCAUGGACCUCAGCACCGUCAGGAAAAAAAUGGAUAAAGGAGAGUACAGCGACCCGCAGAGCUUCGCCACCGACGUCAGGUUAAUGUUUUCCAACUGUUACAAGUACAACCCUCCAGAUCACGAGGUGGUGGCUAUGGCCCGCAAGCUGCAGGACGUGUUUGAGAUGCGUUUUGCCAAAAUCCCAGACGAGGGCCUGGAGGUGUCUGUCCCAUCUACAACGCCGCUGGUCAGUAAAAGCACCGCCUCCUCCGACAGCAGCAACAACUCUUCCUCUGACGAAUCGUCUGACUCCGAGGAGGAGAGAGCCACGCGAUUGGCCGAGCUACAGGAGCAGGUUGGUGCUGCCGACCAAUCACAGCUGAAGGCCGUGCACGAGCAGCUGGCCGUCCUGUCGCAGGCACCCGUCAGCAAACCAAAGAAGAAGAAAGAGAAGAAAGACAAGGAGAAGAAGAAGGACAAGGACAAAGACAAAGGGAACAAAGCCAAGAUAGAAGAAGAGAAGAAACCUAAGGCGGCCGCCCAGCAGCCUAAACCAGCCAAUCAGAAGAAGGCACCAGCCAGGAAAGCCAACAGCACGGUCACGGCCACCAGGCAACCGAAGAAAGCCACCAAGACGUCAGGCGCCGGCUCGGCCAACGGAGACGACGGCGAGGAGUCGUCCCUGCCCAUGUCGUAUGACGAGAAGCGGCAGCUGAGCCUAGACAUCAACCGGCUGCCGGGGGAGAAACUGGGCCGCGUCGUGCACAUCAUCCAGUCCAGAGAGCCGUCGCUGAGGGACUCCAACCCCGACGAGAUCGAGAUCGACUUUGAGACGCUGAAACCCUCGACGCUUCGGGAGCUGGAGCGCUACGUCAAGUCCUGCCUGCAGAAGAAGCAGAGGAAGUUGAUGCGUGAGUACAGACACCUGCGACCUCACGUCCAGAAAAACCAUCACACAGACUCCUCUCCUGUUCUCUCUCCUUCAGAAAAGGCAGCUGGAGGCGGGGCCUCCGGAGGCGGGGCUAGUCGUUUGAGUGGCAGCUCCUCUUCCUCAUCUGAUGACAGCUCCUCGACAGGAACCUCCUCUUCCUCCGACACAGACUGAAAACACACAUAGCUAAAACGAACACACACUGAUGUACCUUCAUCCUGAACAAACACAAACAGGAGGACUGCUCACGCACACACACACACACACCCAGACAUGGAGACUGUAUGUAAAUAGGCUGACCUGUUUUUUAGCUCCUAGUGUUUAUUUUCCUCCUGGAAGAAUGUGGACAGGAGGAGGAGGAGGAGAAGCAACGAUUCACCUCAGCAGGAGAAGAAGAAGAAAGGGCGGAGUCAAUUUGAUCGGAGCUCUUCCUCCUCUUCUUCCUCACGGACAGCCGGCGGUGACCCCUGACCUCUGAACACAUUCCAGAAUCACCUGUAGAGCAUCGUGGGAGAGGAGGCGGGGCUUAUCUUUGGGCAGACGGACUGAUGUGUGACAUCACCUGACGAGGAGGAGGAGUUUAGUGUGAAGGUGUCGCAGAGAGACGAUCCGAUCAGAACAAAUUGAUUUCAUCUUAUCCAACGUGUCAAAACAAACUACAACAAGAAAUGAUUAUAAAAGAGCAAAACAUUUAAAGAAACCCUUUCAACCAGUGUCUGAGGCUUUGAACUCCAACUUCUGAUGAAUCCAAACCGGGUCGAACAGAACCAUCCGUUGUUCGGGUCGUCUCUCUGCAGCACCUCCAGUUUUCGUUCACCCACCUGAGACGAAAGCCUUCCUUCCGCUGCUCCUCCGACCCUAAAAUCCUCCACUUCCUGUUUGUGCCAGGGUCGUCACGGCAACGCAGCAGGCUCUCUGUCCACGCGGUGAGACGGACUUUCAUUUUCCUAACACUACAUUUCUCUUUCCUCCUCUGAGUUUCCAGAUUGUGUGCUGAACUUCUUUGUGUCUUAUAAAGUUCUCAGUAUAAAAAAUGUCUUUGUACCGCUGUCCUGACCCCGCCCCCUUCCACCCUGACCCCGCCCAGACCACACUAGAACCACCCGAGAGUCCCGAUUCGA